AGAGUUCCCACUUUACCUAACAAUAGCAAACGCGAACGGAGCCUCGCAUUCAAUCGAGCAGUUAUCUCGAUAGCCCCGACCUGAGCUGAAGUGGUCAUAAACCAACAGUCCUGAGAACAGUCGUAUUCGCCGCCUAACUACAGCGAAACGAAACGGCAGCUAUUUGUGAAUUGUGCAGCCCAAAAGAACCGACCGGUGCGUAAUCGGACAUACGGCUAUCAGCAGCAGCAGCUAUCAGCCUACAGUACGCGAGGCAGCACCAGCAGUAGGUAUUUUACUAUAUCUAGUAUACAUAUCGUGAACACAUGACUGUACUACGUGAUUUGAACUGAAGUAAGGAAUCAAUUGAUAGCGAAAACAAUUGACCAUGCCGCGACCAGGACGUAAUAGCUACAGCGAGGCAAAGCCACCGUAUUCCUACAUCGCGUUGACUGCCAUGGCAAUUCAGAGCUCGACGGAGAAAAUGCUACCUCUGAGCGAUAUAUACAAGUUUAUAAUGGACCGUUUUCCAUUCUACCGUAAGAACACCCAGAGAUGGCAGAACUCACUCAGACACAAUUUGUCGUUCAAUGACUGUUUCAUUAAGAUACCUCGACGGCCUGAUCGACCUGGGAAAGGUAGCUAUUGGGCACUGCAUCCUUUUUGUGGUGACAUGUUUGAGAACGGUAGCUUUCUGAGGCGACGGAAGCGAUUCAAAUCGCCCCACCUUGCACAGCAGUUUGCGCAGAUACAGUCAGCUCUUGCUGCCGAACAGAUACCGAUGAAACCCGCCGACCCAUCACUAUUUUUCCAAGAACAAGCCAAAAUACGAUUGUCGGCGUUGGCGCCGGGAUCCCACAUACAGGGCUACCCAAAUAUUAACGCCACCGCGUUUAAGCAGCCGUUCACGAUCGAGAAUAUUAUGGCUCCAGAUUAUAAGGGACCUACGAUGCUUUCGAACCAGCCGCUCGUGCCACCAAUCACGAUGGGCGGAUUCCCAGCGCUUCCGAACGGCACAUCGUGGCCCGGUUCUGCCUAUAGUAACUGCAGCAACAUCGAUACAUGCCAAAUCAGUCACACCAACAGCGACUACCCUAGCCAGUUUAAUUCUGCGUGUUCUGCACUGAAGCCACCAUUCGGACAGACGCCGACGUUGUCAUUACCCAUGAAACCAACGCUUCAAAACGUGGGACCGCUACCUACGCAACACCCCGUCCCCGCGCACUCACACACUGGAACUCUAGUGCAAGCCGCACCACAAGCACACCACCACCAUCACCAUCACGCAGUGCACCACGGACACGUGAGUAGCCAAAAUCGAACUCUUACCAGCACGUUGAUGUCAACGCUGAAUCAUCAUUGACGUUCCCCCAGUUAGCUAAAAAAAAACGUCAACGAUCACCUGAGAAUGGUAUCUUUGUAUACAGAUAUGUAUAUUUCUUUUUCGUGGUUGUUUAUCUAUACAUACCACGUUAACAAAUAAACAUUUUAUUAUAAUUACCGUCAAGUUAAACUAUUAUAAAACAAACAUUUAGCAUUGAGUUGCCUAUUCGACUGUAACAAGUAAGUUACAUGGGAAAAAUCCUUUGCGUGGCGAAAGAGGACCGGUACUGAACGUAUAGCGACGAAGUUUUAGCUAAACGUAGCUUUUAGCGGAGAAAAAAAACUGAUCCAAAAUACUGCGGGAUAAAUUAAAGACAUUGUACAUAUUUCUCA